AUGGCACAGCCGGGGCUUGAACCAGGCGGCCAGGAUUGCUUACCACCUGCAGCGACCUUUCGGAGGAGGCGCCUGGCACGGAGGCCGGGCUACAUGAGAGGCGCAGCUGGGCCCCGGAUUGGGUUCCUCUGCCCAGCGGCGGCUGCUCCGUUACGGGCCCAGGGAGGGGCGUGCGGUGAGGAGUGCCACCAGUCUGAGUCCAGGGCUGGACGGUGUGGCCGUGAUCCUGGAGGCCAGCAGCGAGGCCCCUCGGUUGGGAGUCCUGUUCCUAGGAGCACAGCAGCCUCGGCUCCGACCCCCGUGGGCUGCCUCGGCCUGGCUCUGACCCCUGUAAGAGGACCCCCAGGGCUCUUUGGGAUUCAGCUCAGAGCUGCCACCACACUACCUGCCAGGCCGGCCAGGUUGGGUGGCCCUGGGGACGCUGGGGGGCAGGACGAGCUCCCGUCCGUGGACAGUUCCGAGGCCCCUGGCCUUGGCUGGGGUGCUGCCAGGGGUGGAAGAGCGAAGGGUACCUGGACAAAAGGCCGUCUGGCCCCAGAGGAGGUGACUGGCAACAGCUGCAGCCUCGGAAGUGGCCCCAGGGUCCCCUCAGCCCCUGCCGGCUCUCAGGACGCCUUUACCUCAAGCUUUAGCUUCAUACAGCUCUCGCUUGGCUCUGCUGGGGAGCGUGGAGAGGCGGAGGGCUGCCCGCCCUCCAGAGAGGCCGAGGCCCCUUGUCAGAGCCCCGAGGAGACGGAAGCCACGGCUGCCAGCCUGGACAGGCCGCACGAACACCCUCAACUUCUCUCUCCCCACUUGAGUCUGAAGACUGCUCAGCGCCUGGCAGACUCUGCGCAGGCCGCAGGGGGCAGCCGCGGGCCGGAGAGGGAGCCGCUUUCCUUACCGGACGCGGACACCUCCUCCUUCUGCUCCCCGGGCCCCUCCUGGCCUGCGGGCAGCAGCUUGGGGGACACUCAGCGCUGGGGGACCCUGCUCAGGAGGUGCGAGCCCAUGCUGCUGGACUGCCUGCUGAGUGACCAGAGGUGGCUGGAGGUAAAAUCCCUAAGAUUAAAGCUUCAGAAACUUCAAGGAAAAGCAGUUGAAGAUGAUGAUUAUGAUAAAGCUGAGGCGCUGAGACACAGAUUGGAAGAACUGGAGAAAGAGAAGAGCAGCCUGCACUUCCAGCUUCCUUCCAGGCAGCCGGCCCUCUGCAGCCUCCUGGGCCACCUGCACGCACAGGCCCAAGCCGCCGUGCGCCUCAGGGCCGCUCAGCCGGCCUGCGGUGAUGACCCCCACACCCCACCCAGAAUGGAGCCGAAGCUGAUGGAACCCACUGCUCAGGACACCCUGCAUGUGUCCAUCACCAGACGAGACUGGCUUCUUCAAGAGAAGCAACAGUUGCAGAAAGAAAUCGAAGCUCUCCAAACAAGAAUGUCUGUGCUGGAAGCAAAAGAUCAGCAGCUGAGAAGGGAAAUAGAAGAGCAAGAGCAACUCCUCCCAUGGCAGGACUGCGACCUGACCGCCCUGGUUGGGGGGCUGUCCCUGGGCGAACUGGAGCUGCAGGAAGUCAGCAAGGCCUUGCGUGACACGCUGGCCUUAGCCAACCAGAUUCCACUCUGUGCAGAACCACCUGAAACCAUAAGGAGCCUCCAGGAGCAGAUAAAAUCCCUCAACUUGUCACUUAAGGAAAUCCCUGCUAAGGUGUGUAUGAGCGAGAGACUCAGCAGCACUCUCAGGAAGAAAGUAAAUGACAUCGAAACCCAACUCCUGGCGUUGCUUGAAGCCAAAAUGCUUGCUGUAUCAGGAAACCAUUUCUCUACAGCCAAGGAGCUCACGGAGGAGAUUAGAUCAUUAACAGCAGAAAGGGAAGGGCUGGAGGGACUCCUGGACAAGCUUCGGGUGCUGAGUUCCAGGAAUGUCCAAAAGCUGGGCAGUGUUAAGGAAGAUUACAGCCGACUGAGAAGAGAGCUGGACCAGGGGGAGGCUGCCUACGAAAUGGGUGUGAAGGAGAAUGCUCUGAAGUACAUGAAAAUGCUUGAGGAUAAGCUGCGUAGCUGCAAGUGUCCACUGCUUGGAAAAGUGUGGGGAGCUGACUUGGAAGCUUGUCGGUUGCUUGUCCAAAGCCUACAGCUCCAGGAGUCCAGGGGCACACUGUUUGCAGAAGAUGAGAGGCAGACAGAUGACUUUGCAGGAGCCAUCUGUCCAACUACUCCUGCCAUCUCCCCCAAGCUCCACUCUGAAGUUGAGAGGAAGACCCCUUUGCAGGCCUUCGGGGACUGGAAGGCUCACCUGAGCCCAUCUCUGUACUUUGCUGGCAGCGAGCAGAAAGAGGAAUCUUGCAUCCUUUCUGCAGAACUUGGAGAAAAAUGUGAAGCCAUAGACAAGAAGUUAUUGUACUUAGAAGAUCAGCUUCACACGGCAAUCCACAGCCAUGAUGAAGAUCUCAUUCAGUCUCUCAAGAGGGAGCUCCAGAUGGUGAAGGAAACUCUGCAGGCCAUGAUCCUGCAGCUACAGCCAGCAAAGGAGGUGGGAGAGAGAGAGGCUGCAGCUUCCUGUGUGACAGCUGGUGUCCGGGAAGCGCAGGCCUGAGGCGGGACAGGAUGCGGGGGGAGGAGGGUGAGCGGCCACAUCAUCGACAUGGAUGCACCGGAGGCCUCUCUCACCCCCCUGGCAUGGCCAAUGUGCCUGAAUCCAUUACGGACACAGGGCCCUGAGGGCUCCCUGCACAGAGGUGGUCCCUCUUUGCGCUCCUGGGGCUGAGAGCAGGGAGACCGCACAUUGGAAGAUGGAGAGGGAUGAUCUGCUGGAUUUGCUUCCAAGUGUCAGCCAGAGGCACCUUUCCCAUGUUGCUCAUGGGAGCAUCCUACACAGGACUUGAAAAUCUUCUUG